CCACUUCUGCUCACUGGCACAGUGCUAUACUAACAAUAACAUAGUAUCACUGCUGCGUCCUCCUUAUUUUUGGUCAGUUAAACUAGUAGUUCCACAACAUUUGUUACAGCACAAAUAUGGUUCGGUGUGAUGUCUGACUUUUCAACAAACAUUUAGGAAAACGACUGUUUCUGAAUUCAGCCAACGUCCCAGGUUGAAGAUAGAAGGCGCGUCGGAUAUCGGUUCUAAGCUAGGCCAGAAACGGUGACGAUAAACAACAACCUGAAGGGAGAAAAGCAUCCUGGCCAAAACCGUGCGUUUAAAUAACUAGUUUAUUAGUCACAGAAGAGCGGCUGGCAUCAGAAUGAGAGGUUCUUAUGGAGACAGAGACCGAGACCGAGGUCGUGACAGAGGCAGUCCUCGAUUUGGAUCCAGCCGAAGCGGCCCUCCACCGGGUAAAAAAUUUGGGAAUCCAGGGGACCGUUUGAGAAAGAAGAGAUGGGACCUCGAUGAGCUUCCCAAAUUUGAGAAGAACUUUUAUAGUGAACACCUGGAAGUGCAGCGAAUGAGCCAGUACGAUGUUGAAGAGUAUCGCAGGAAGAAGGAAAUCACUGUCCGAGGUUCAGGCUGCCCAAAGCCCGUCACCAACUUCCAUCAGGCUCAGUUCCCACAAUAUGUAAUCGAUGUACUGAUGCAGCAGAACUUCAAGGAGCCCACCGCCAUUCAGGCUCAAGGUUUCCCACUGGCUCUUAGUGGAAGAGACAUGGUGGGCAUCGCUCAGACUGGCUCUGGGAAGACCUUAUCUUACCUUCUGCCAGCCAUCGUGCACAUCAAUCACCAGCCCUACUUGGAGCGUGGAGAUGGACCCAUUUGCUUGGUGUUGGCCCCCACCAGAGAGCUGGCUCAGCAGGUCCAGCAGGUGGCGUACGACUACGGAAAGUCUUCCCGCAUUAAAAGCACUUGUGUGUAUGGAGGCGCUCCCAAGGGACCUCAGAUCCGGGACCUGGAGAGAGGUGUUGAGAUCUGCAUUGCCACUCCGGGUCGUCUCAUUGACUUCCUCGAGGCUGGAAAAACCAACCUGCGGCGAUGCACGUACCUGGUGCUGGACGAAGCCGAUCGCAUGCUGGAUAUGGGCUUUGAGCCACAGAUUCGCAAAAUUGUGGAUCAGAUCAGGCCGGACAGACAGACCCUCAUGUGGAGCGCUACCUGGCCCAAAGAGGUUCGCCAGCUGGCAGAGGACUUCCUGAAGGACUAUGUCCAAAUCAAUGUCGGAGCUCUGGAGCUCAGCGCCAACCACAACAUCCUGCAGAUCGUGGAUGUUUGUAUGGAGAGUGAAAAGGACAACAAGUUGAUCCAGCUGAUGGAGGAGAUCAUGGCUGAGAAAGAGAACAAGACUAUCAUCUUUGUAGAGACCAAGAAACGAUGUGAUGACCUCACACGCAGGAUGAGACGUGAUGGGUGGCCAGCGAUGUGUAUUCAUGGUGACAAGAGCCAACCGGAGAGAGACUGGGUGUUGUCAGAGUUUCGCAGCGGCAAAGCUCCCAUUCUGAUUGCUACCGAUGUGGCCUCACGUGGUUUGGACGUGGAGGAUGUCAAGUUUGUCAUCAAUUAUGACUAUCCCAACUCCUCAGAGGACUACAUCCAUCGUAUCGGCCGUACGGCCCGCAGCACCAACAAAGGCACCGCCUACACCUUCUUCACCCCGGGGAACCUCCGGCAGGCAAGAGAGCUGAUACGAGUGCUGGAGGAGGCCAGACAGGCCAUCAAUCCUAAACUGCUGCAGCUGGUUGACACCGGACGUGGAGGAGGAGGAGGAGGUGGCCGAUCCCGUUUCCGUGGCAACUCCAAUUCCAACAAUCCCAACUUGAUGUACCAGGACGAGUGUGAUCGGCGGAUGCGUUCCGUGGGCGGAGGCGGCAGCUCCAAGGACAACCGAGGCAGCAGCAACUACAGCCGUGACAGCCGGGACGGCCGUGGAGGGAACAGCCGGGACGGGGACCGCUCUUCCUCCUCCUCCUCUUCCUCCUACAGGGAUCGCAGCAGCAGGGACGGAGGACGCAGCUACAGCUCCAGCUCCAACUCGUACGACGGCUAUCAGAACAGCAGCAGCAGCAGCAGCAGCAGCGGUCAGUACAGCUCCUCCAGGGGCAGCUCUGGGUCGGGGGGCAGCGGACAAACUCCAGCCCCUUCAUCGGGCCCCCAGCCUCUAAUGGCCCAGCAGUUCAACCCUCCACAGCCCAUGAUGGGCCUGAUGGGGCAUUCGCCGUUCCAGUUUGCCGCUCCGCCACCACCUUCUCUAUCAGGCAGGAAGUAGUUUGUUCUGUCCACCGAAUGAGUCAGAAAUAUGUUGAUUUUGCAACUUAUUUCUGACUUCAACAUUCCAGUUAUUACUGUGCUCGGGUCGCAGCUCUGCACCGGCUCUCGGUUUGUUUAUGAAGUAGUCAACCAGCGCUUUUGACUGUCUUUUAAAGUCAAAUUAUUUAUCAGUUAUUUAGUUUGACUGAAGCUCGCCAUGUCAUUUUUGUUACAAUUUGUCUCGGAGAAAAGAAACCGUUUUUUUGUACAAACACGCUUUUGUAUUGUGAGCUUCUUUGGAGGACUUUCUAGAAUAUCAGAUUUUCCCUUUAGGUGUAUCCAAGGUAGGUGCUGAUAUUAAUUCUUGUACGUACGCCCGUUUGUGUUUGAGCUAUAGCUUUGGUCCUGGUGUAUCUGGAAAACAUUUACCACAUGGAGUUUUUUUCAGUUUGAACCUUUUCUAUGAGCUUUAUGUCGAUAUUACUUUAGGCCUUAUAGACUUGUGUAUUCAUGGCAUGUAAAUGAGCUUUUCCCUCAGAUUUCUAAGUUUGUAUGAACUAACAAGUCUUCUUAGUCCUGCCACAAGUUGUUUAGUUCAUCACCAGUACGGUCCAGGCUGCAGCAGUGAGGGCUGAGUUUUCCUAGCUAACAGUAAGUCCCUUUUUACAUGUUUAAUAAAGCUCUUCAGUGUA